GUUUGCCCUUGCUACCGAUUUCAUCAACGCUUUAUAGACAAAGUGCGAGUGCACUAGAGCUAAAUACAUUAUCAUUAGACAGCUAUAAGUAGCUCUACAGUAAUGAACACGCUAGACGCGAAAGGAAGCACUGUAGCUCUAGGCUUGAAUAUAGCGUAUCAAUCUAGCUUCUCACCAGAAGCUUCUCUCUGUUCCGCGCCAGAACGUCUACUGCAUAGACGCGGCUGUAAGAUGACACCGUCGUCACAAACGGAAGAGCACAAGAAGCUGAAUGCGAAAAUAACAAAACUCGAGGUGGAGUUGGACAAGGCUCGUAAGAUGUUAUACGCUGCCGAAGACAUUAUUAUCGAUGAACGCAUCCGUUUGACCAAUGUGGCACACAUUGAGCGUCGCUCCGACAAAAUGUAUAGGGUGCUAAUGAUCUCGCUCACGCUCAACAUCACCGCAAUUGUCGGCCUCUGCGUGUACCUGGACGCUCUUCGGAGAGGCACCUCUCGAUGA